GGCACUCUUCACUGCAAAACAUGACAUGGACACGUUCGUUUAGAAGCCCUGACAUAUUCCCCACUUGAGGAGUGGAGACUGUCCUCAUGCAUGCAAAUCUCCUUGUGUGAAAUUUACCAGAUUCCAAAGCGAAGUUGUUGCGUUGGGUUCUUUUUACGCACCACAAUGAAGUUUGGCAAAAGAGUUUGCAUCAUCAAUGUCGGAGGUACCAAGUACCCUCUCCCGAACGACGUGAUCAAGGAUUUCCCCUUACGACGUGUCAGUCGUCUCCACAAUUGCGCGUCGGAGAGGGAAGUGCUGGAAGUCUGUGAUGACUACGACCAGGAGAGGAACGAGUUCUUUUUCGACAGACACUCGGAGGCGUUCGGUUUCAUCAUGUUGUACGUGAAAUAUGGCAAGCUGAGAUUCGUCCCCCAGAUGUGUGAACUUUCAUUUUACAACGAAAUGGUGUACUGGGGCUUGGAGAGCUCGCACCUGGAGUUUUGCUGCCAGCGGCGACUGGACGACCGAAUGUCAGACACAUACACGCACUUUGCCGAGGAGGACCUGAACGUCGAAGACGACUUCAGGGUUGAAGAGGAGCCUGCGGAGACAGGGGGAGACUCCAAGUGGCUGGAGAGGAUGCGCAGGACCUUCGAAGAACCCACUUCUUCGGUGGCAGCGCAAAUCCUUGCCUCCGUGUCCAUCAUCUUUGUCAUCGUGUCCAUGGUGAUACUUUGCGCAAGCACUUUGCCGGACUGGAAAACAGCAGAAAGUAACGUCGUGGAAGAACACAGGUACAGUGAUUCCUUACAAAGGCCAGGAAUGAUCAUCGAGGCGGUGUGCAUCGGCUGGUUCACGGCCGAGUGCAUCGUUCGCUUCCUGGUGUCGCGGGACAAGUGCGAGUUUGUGCGGCGGCCGCUCAACGUCAUCGACCUGCUGGCCAUCGCGCCCUACUACGUCUCGGUCGCCAUGGCCACGCUGACGGGCGAGAACUCGCAGCUGCAGCGCGCCGGCGUCACGCUGCGCGUCCUGCGCAUGUGCCGCAUCUUCUGGGUCAUCAAGUUGGCGCGCCACUUCCUGGGCCUGCAGACGCUAGGCCUGACGCUACGCCGGUGCUACCGCGAGAUGGUGAUGCUGCUGGUCUUCAUCGCCGUGGCCAUGGCGAUCUUCAGCGCGCUGGCCCAGCUGCUGGAGCACGGCUUGGACCUGGAGUCGGGCAACCCGGACUACGCCAGCAUCCCCGCCGCGUGCUGGUGGGUUAUUAUCUCCAUGACGACGGUGGGCUAUGGAGACAUGUACCCCAUCACCGUGCCGGGGCGCGUGCUCGGCGGCCUGUGCGUGGUGAGCGGCAUCGUGCUGCUGGCGCUGCCCAUCACCUUCAUCUACCACAGCUUCGUGCAGUGCUACCACGAGCUCAAGUUCCGCUCGGCCCGGGUGGCGCGCAGUCUUUCCACCGAGUUCAUGAACUGAGCUGGUCAAGAAGAAGUUGUCAAAAGAGAGCGGAAUUGAUGAGUGAGCUGGCCCCCAAAAAAGAAAAAGUUGCUGAGAUUUAGAAAAAGAGAGAGGAAGAGAGUGGGACAAUUUCCGCCACUUGUCGCCUCUUGGCCAAGCUCAUGAACUGAGAAGCAACACUGCCUCGCAGUAGGUGGUUUGGAAAGGAGAACAAAGGAGGAAGGUUGCAUUUAAGAGGUUCAUGGUUUGUAUGUAUCCUGCUGAGUUUUGAUGUCAGAGAGUGG